AUGGUGAACCCAAAGGGUGGGAACAACACGGGACAUGUCAUGGCCGCUACUACAAGGAGUGGAAAAGGUGCGAAUGCACCCACCUCUAGUCAAAGGAAACUUGUGGAUGAUGAGAAAGUGGAACAAGAAGAUGAGACCCUGAACAAUGUUGUUCAGGCUCUAAAUAAGUUGAAUCUUGAUUGGGAUGUCGCCGCCAACUUGAGGGUGGCACAUUUGAAUGGGUUGGAUGAGUUCCGGCACCAUGUCUACACAAGUUCGUCCUUAUACAAAGAGAAGAUGAAAUAUCUUCAUGAUAAUUACAUUUGGCACAGAGAGUUCAAAGAGGGUGAUCUUGUAUUGUUGUUCAAUUCAUGCUUGAGGAUGUUUCUUGAAAAGUUAAAGCCUAAAUGGAAUGGUCCGUUUGAAGUUGUGGGUGUGACACCCUUUGGUGAAUUGGACUUGGAGAACAAAAAUAAUGAGGUGUUUCGAGUAACUGGUCACCGGGUGAAGCAUUAUUUAGGAAAAGUGGGUGAUGGCCAUGUUGUGGCGGCGAUUCAUUUCAAGUGA